UGGAGAAACAGGCAGAGAAGUUGUGGGGAGAUGGGAUGAUGAUGAUAAUGUGACUUGGUUGAACCCUGGAAACUGGCUGUGUUCAGUCUUUACGAUUUGUUGGACACUGAACCAUUGCAAGGCGCAAAUGAAGGCAGAUCUUCAGAAAUUGUGUUCUUAAGUAUGAUUUCAGAAGAAGAAAGAGAAGAAUUGAAGACAGAACUAGUUAAGCUUGAGGAAGAGGUAUCUACUUUACGCCAAGUUUUAUCCGCCAAAGAGAAGCACCGGUUGGAAAUCAAGCAGAAGCUUGGAAUGACCCUGAUGGAUGAGCUCAGACAGAACCUCAGCAAGGGCUGGCACGACGUGCAGACCACGUCCGCCUACAAGAAGACGCACGAAACUCUGAGUCAAGCCGGACUGAAGGCAACUGCGGCUUUAAAUAACAUGGGGAUGGCCAUCAGCAGGAAGUUUGGAGAUAUGAGGAAUUCUCCUACUUUCAAAUCAUUUGAGGAAAGGGUUGAGACCACUGUCACAAGCCUUAAGAUGAAGGUAGGAGGGGCCGGUGGCAGCAGCGGGGGCAGUUUUGAAGAGGUGCUCAGCUCCACAGCUCAAGCCAGCUCGCUGAGCUCUGCUCCGUCUGCCCGGUUUCCGGAACAGAGAGCAUCAGUGCUGGACCAGGAGCCCACGGGCCAAUGGACGCCCUUCCAGCAGCCGACAUCUGAUCCGCUCCUCGUGGCCGACACCCCCUUUGGGUACAAGAGAGGAGGCUGGUACUCACCGCCAGGAGGGUCGUGAGUCUCCUUAAACUGGCCUCUGAGGAGGGUUG